UCUUUCAGAAAAAGGUCUUUCUUUCAGCAAAGAUCUCCCCCAGACGGACAAUCAUUAGUUCAAAAGGCAUAAAGGCGUUUUAAGUUUUCAAUACAUCAAUUGACUUUUACCAUGGUAUAAGAGAGCACCUAUUUCACUAUACCCUUACCAGUCCUGGGUCAUCUUAAAAGAAGGGGAAAAUUUUUGACUAAUUUGAUAGAUGAAGUGAUAUCUAAUGUUAACUUAUAUGUAUUGGAUCCCUGAUAGGGUUCAAUUCUUGGCCAUUUCUGUCCCCUCAUCUGUGAAUUCAAUUGUUUAUUUCUCUUUUAAGAUGUUAAUGCUUUAUUGAUUUGUACAGGCUCUUUGUAAAAAUAUAAAUCUGUUGUCUGUCAUAUUUAUGGUGGAUAUUUUUCUCUAUUUGAAUUUUGCCUUCAACAUCCAUUCAACACAUAAUUAUCUGAGUCUCCCCAGGGCAUUGGUCUAGUCAUCAAGGAUGAAACAGACACAGUUCCUGCCCCUAAGGAUCUCAGAGUUUAACAGGGGAACGCAGGGGAGUAAAUGAUGAGUGCAGUAAGGCUUUCAAAUGCUCUGUUGGAAGUACAAAUAGGCUAGAGUGGCUGCACUAAAAGAGGUGAGUGGUCCCAUCUACACUUAGGGGCUAGGAGAGGUCUCACAGAGGAGGUGAUUCUUAUCUAAGUAUAAAAUGCUGAGUAAAUUACUGGAGCGACAAGGGACAAAGUGGGAAAAAGCAUUCUAGGCAGAUCGAACACCUACAGACAGGGCCUGCUAGGGAAACGUCAAUAGCUGGUGUUAGACUAGGGAAUAAAACGAAAACAUCAGGCAGGCCCUGAGGAGGAAGGGGCUGGAGAGACCUCAGAGUCACAUAAUUUUUUAAAUUAUAUAUAACUUUAGAUGUUUAAGUCAAAUUAAGUGUUACCUUAUUCAUCUCUUACAUAAUAUUUAAGCUAAGAAAGUCCUUCCUGACCCAGAACUUUAAUGCUUCCCUUUAUUUUCCUCUAGUUUCCAUUUUUAAUACUUUGUUUUCAUUUUAGUCUUUACAUUUAACUGUUUAAUCCAUCUGGAAUUGACUUUGGUGUGUAUAAGGUAAGCCUCAUUUGAAUCUUUUUUCUGUUUUAAUGUUUAUCACAUCUAUAUUGUCCAUUAAGCUUUUCUCUGUAACCCUACUGUGCCAGUGGGUAAAACAGGGAGUGCUGAAUAGCUAAUAAAAUGUAUUCCCGGUUGGAGACAAUGCUUUGGGAAACAAAAGAAAUUUCUCUGGGGUUUGCUCUUUCACUGAGGUGUGUUAAACACUACAGGUACAAACUCACAGCCAUUUAGGAUCACCGCUCUCAGAGUACUACUGCUACUUGGUAUUUAUAGAUUGCAAAUUUUUUAAGGAGCCAACCCUUUCCACAGAGAGGACUUUAUUCUCAUGACCAGUGAAGCGGGGAGAGGGAAGAGGAAUAUGUCACCACUGCUUGAUUUGUUUACUCCCACAAGAAAUUAUGUGGAGUCAGGCUUCUUCCCCUGAUGCUGGCUGGAAAUCAAGUGGCUUGGCAUCUCUGUACAGAACAGGCCAGACACUGGGCUGAGAGCUGUGACUGGUUAGAAAGGCAAGUAUAACCUGACCAGAUUGGUUCUGGACUCAUCUGGGUCCCCCUGUUGUUACUUCACAGCAUUCUGAAGACCUGUCCACCAAUCACAGGGCUCCUUACUGGGUGAAAAAACAACGGCUAGACAUUGCCAGGAGUCCCUAGCAACACUGCAGCUUUUGAAAUCUGGAGAGGGAGGCCGUGCAGUCAGCCGAUAGUAGAGGAGAGUGCUGAUGCCUCAGGAAGAGACAGCUCUCAGGAUGGACACCCCACCCUCUGAAGAACCCUUAGAUAAGCAAAACAAAAAACUAGAAAACCAGGAAGAGAAGAUGGAGUUUAAGGAACUGGAUGGUCUGAGGGAAGCCUUGGCAGACCUCCGGGGACUGUCCGAGGAGGAGAAGAGUGAGAAGGUGAUGCUGUACUCCCGCAUCCAGGAGCAGUCCCAGCUCAUCUGCAUCCUGAAGCGGAGGUCAGACGAGGCCCUGGAGCGCUGCCAGAUCCUGGAGCUGCUCAACACAGAGCUGGAGGAGAAGAGGAUGCAGGAGGCUGAGAAGCUGAAGGCCAAGAGCGAGCAGGCCCAGAGGCUGGAGGAACGCUUUAUGACCCUGGCAGCCAACCAUGAGUUGAUGAUCCGCUUCAAGGAUGAACACAAAAGUCAGAACAUCAAGCUGAGAGAGGAGAAUGAGAGGCUGAGGAUGGAGAAUGACCACCUCUUCAGCCAGGCUCUGAAGGACCAGGAGGCCAAAGUAUUGCAGCUUACUGACCGGAGUGAGGCCCUCACCAAGGAGCUGGAGUCUCUGAAACAGAGGAGCGCUCAGGAGGCCUGCCAGGCCCAGGCCCGAGAGAAGGAACUGCUGGAGCUGUGCCAGAGCCAACAGGCCUGCGCCCACACCAAGGACACAGAGCAGCUGCGCAGCCAGCUGCAGAGCCUCAAGCAGCAGCACCAGCAGGCCAUGGAGCGGAUGGCCAAGGCCGAGCAGGCACACAGCCAGCUGAACCGGGAGCUGCAGGCCAGGCUGCAGGCCGUCACUUGUGAGAAAGACGAGCUGUUGCAGCUGUCCAUGGAGAGGGGCAAGGUGCUUCAGAACAAGCAAGCAGAGAUCCGCCAGCUUGAGGAGAAGUUGGAGAUGGCCGAUGUGGCCAGGAGGCAUGCGCUAGAGCGGUUUGAACAAGAGGCAGUGGCCGUGGACAGUAACUUGAGAGUCCGGGAACUCCAGCGCAGGGUAGAUGGGAUCCAGAAGGCCUACGAUGAACUCAGGCUGCAGUCCGAAGCCUUCAAAAAGCACAGCCUGGAUCUUUUAAGCAAGGAGAGAGAACUCAACGCCAAACUCCGCCAUCUCUUUCCAUAAGGAAGUUUCUGGUUCCUCUGGCCUCCAAUUUAGAAAUCAAGUAUUUGUGCCUUGUGGCGAGAGUAAAGAUGGGAUUCCAUUUAUUCUACUUUUAAGUACAAGAGACCACUCAAAGAAAAACUACUUUACUAUGAUAUUGUUGUUGCCAUUGUCAGGAUAACACUAAUUUUCAGUCCUACCACCUAGAAUACAUGAGAUUUACCAAA